AUGCCGGUCCAGGAAUCCGUGGACAUGUCGGCCGCCUGGCUCGCUCAUGCUCCUCCGCCGCCGCCUUCCACCACUGUCCGGAAACCUCGCAGGAGCUCCUCCUAUGAACCCUUGUCCGCGCAAAAAGCAAGCAAGAUGAACGAUACGCACACUCUUGGGGGCUACCUUCCGCCUAGCUCCCACUCUCCAGCGCCCCCAAGCCCACACAGAUCCUCUGCCAGCGACCUCAAGCAGGCAGCCUCUACGUCAUCAUCAUCCACGCCUUCGUCGCCCGUCAAGAGGGCUCGUUCCAAAGUUGCCUCCAACCCCGUGCCACCUGCUCCGAGCGCCUUCUACAAUUACCAGCAUCAGAUGCAGCAACAACAGCAACAGCAACAGCAGCAGCAACAACAACAACAAAACUUGUAUCGAUACCAGCAGCAGCCAUCUUCUCAUGUCCUCCCCCACCCCCCUUAUGCUGUGGGGCACGAUGCCGCAUAUUCUUCGGGGCAGCCCGUUCCUACCUCUGCCGCGAUGGCACACAGCUACUCGGAAUCCAGCUCUGGUCCUUCAUAUGCAGGUUACGCGAGACAGCGCAGGGAAAGCGCUCCUGACGUCUCCUACCAAGCGCCGCACCCAGCACAAUCCACUUUCUAUCCAUCCCAGCUUCCGUCAGCCAACGGCAUUUUGCCCGCACAUUCGAUGGCCUAUACUCCGACUGUGGCCGCACCACAAGUCACUGCGACACCUCACUCUGCGGCCCAACCGCCUAUGAGCUAUGCUUCGCCUCACGACGGAGUGCCCGCAUCGCAUUUCCAGUACAUGCCUACCGUCCAGUACGCGGCACCACCUCAGCAGCAACAGCCGUGGGCGCCCUUACCACAGAGUCAACCGGUGUACCAGCAAAUCGUCUCCGACCAGCACUACCCUUCCGUUACAUCACCCCCCGCACACCAACCAUGGGAUCAUCCGGUAGCUGUGAUGACCCCACCUCAGCAACCCGGCAUCGCUUUUCCUGCCCAAUCGAGUGCACCUCCUUCGGCAACAUCUCCGAAUGCGCAUGUCUUCCCCGCCAUGCACCAGGUCACGCAGCAGGCCACCUCCCCACCCAUGUCUGCUACGUCGCCGCGUCCAGCCUACGCGACCGAUCUGAGCAGACAGACCACAACUUCAUCCGUCAGCUCGGUUCGCAGGCCCUUGCCCCAACCCACACGCACCUCGUCCAACCCAUCGGCACCAGGUUCGCCUGUGACAGGUUCUGUCGGUCUCACCAACCGCGCAAGCGUCCGAAGGGACCUACCGAGACCUCCCUCGGGCUCUCCUGCCACUAUAUCAUCAGCAUCCGGCUACAUCUCGUCCAAUUUGGCUAAAGGUGAUCCGAGCAGCCUUGCAUCCCCCAUCGCAGGCACCACAACUCGACUGCCCACCACCGCGCUCAAUCGCACGGAGAGCGUUCGGCUGGCCGCGGAAGCACUCAUGGCGAGAGGCGUUCCUCAGAGACGUCCCCUUCGCAGCGCCUUGGCGAGCACAACUUUUUCACCGCCUAUGCCACCCACAAGAAUGGUCGGCACUCCGUCGAUGAACACUCGCGAGCUGCCCGCUAGCCAGAGCGAGCCUGUUGCGGCAGCGAAUGGUAAUCCCUCUGUGACGGUGGCACAGCCGCUCAGCGAAGCGACAACCAAAGCAACGCAUCGAUCCAGUCAAAGUGCCGGUUCUGCCCUCAACAAAUCGCUGGAAUCGAGUCCCGUCCGCAGCUCACACCACGAGCACACCACACCCACAGCACCUGCUCGCUUCCAAGAUGCCAUGCAGCAAAGCUCGCAAGUCUACGAAACAACACCUGCACACGUCUCGCAACCUCAAUCGUCGCAUCGCCACGAGCCUGCACGCUAUCAGGACCCUGCCCAAUUGGUCGACUCUAUGGCAAGCAUGUCUAUGAGCCAAGAUGCUGGCCCUUCGAAGGCGGCUUCUGCUCAUACUGCCUCCGCGGCCGCGAGUAUUCCAGUCUUUAGCUUUGACGCUCCGGAUGAGGAGCCAGAGAAGCCCAGACGUCGUCGCGGCAGCAGUGUUUCGCGGGCUGGCCCUCCUGCGGGUCAGAAAGUGAUCCAACAAACCACUUCCUCGCCCGUUGGAGUGCCAACGAUUGUGUUGCCAGGCGAUGGUGACGAUGAUGGCCACUCUUUUGCAGCGGGCCCAUCGAUUCAAAUUUCUGGAGCCGACAAGGACGACCAUGCGUCAGGAGGUACAGGACCUUUGAUUUCGGUGACGGCGGAUGACGACGAUGCACGAUCGCAGACGAGCACUGGCUCGAAAGGGCCCUCCAUCUCGGUCUCUUAUUCAGCCGAGCCAUCGGCCAAAUCACAAAGAGCGGGCACCAGCCACUCGCCCUCAACCGGCCCACACGCAAAGACGGGCGCGGCAAACGGUCGAGUCUCUGCCUCGUCCGUCGGCAGCGGUGCUGGGUGCCAAGGAUGUCAAAAGUGGAUCGCGGGUAAAGUCGUACACGCUCUCGGCACUACGUUUCACCCCAGCUGCUUUGUCUGCGCUCACUGCUCUGAGGGUCUCGAGCAUGUAGCAUUCUACGAGCACGAGGGAUUACCCUAUUGUCACUUUGACUACCACGAACUCUUCUCGAAGCGAUGCUUCCACUGUCGCACGCCCAUCGUCGACGAGCGCUACAUCACAGUUCAGGAUGAAGAGCUCACCGGCCAAGAUGGCGAGACCAAGGAGAGGUGCUAUCACGAGCUGCACUUUUUCUGUGCCAACUGCGGCGAUCCUUUCCUGGACCCCAAAGCGGCGGGUUCGGCGGCUGGAUCCGAUCCGGGCUUGGUGACGGCAGAUGAGAAUGGCAAGGUCAAACAUGGUGGGAUGGAGUUCAUCGUGCACAAGGGGUAUCCGUACUGCGAAAAGUGCCACGUCAACCUGCACAAGCCCAGAUGCAAGGGGUGCAAGAAGCCGAUUGUCUACGAUCUGAUCAGUGCGCUGGGCGGCAAGUACCAUCCGGAGUGCUUUACGUGCUUCGAGUGCUGUCAGCCAUUUACGGACACGCAAUUCUUUGUCAAGGAUGGCAAGCCGUAUGACGAGGAGUGCUACAAAGUGCUUCUUCGUAACAUGUUCUAG